UUAAAGAAUUUAUAUCAGACAUCUAUGAGAGAAGAAUGCAAGAAAUUAUUACAGAAAGCUUCAAAGAAUUCCUGUGGUCUGUCACCGUCUCCAUAUUUGCUAUAGGUGGUAUGGUGGGAGGGAUUUCAGGGGGAGCAGUUGCAAACCGUUGUGGAAGGAAAGGGGGUCUUCUUCUUAAUAACAUACUUGCAAUAUUUGGAGGUGCUUUUAUGGGGCUUAGCAAGGCGUCCUAUAGUAUCGAGAUGCUUCUGAUUGGUCGACUUAUCAUAGGAUUUAACUGUGGUUUGAAUACUGCCCUUGUACCAAUGUACCUCUCUGAAAUAUCCCCUGUAGCUCUGCGAGGAGGCUUAGGAACUGUGAAUCAACUCGCUGUAACAGUAGGGCUUUUGUUAUCUCAAGUUUUUGGAGUUCAUUUCCUUCUAGGCACAACAAGAGGGUGGCCUUAUCUCUUAGCGAUAGCAAUCAUUCCGGCCAUUCUACAGCUGUGUUUGCUGCCACUUUGUCCUGAAAGUCCUCGAUACUUGCUCAUUUAUAAACAAGAAGAAUCUCUUGCUAGAGAAAGUUUAAAGCGUUUACGAUAUUCGAGUAAUGUUGAAGAAGAUAUAGACGAAAUGAAAGCAGAAGAAAGAGCUAAUCAGCAUGAAGUUAGGAUCACGAUGAUGGAAUUAGUGCAGAACAAGACACUCCAACUACCGCUAAUCAUCGGUAUUGUCAUGCAUCUUUCUCAGCAACUAUCAGGAAUAAACGCUGUUUUCUAUUAUUCCACGGGCCUUUUCAUGUCAGCAGGACUCUCAGAAGAAGCAUCCAGAUAUUCCACUAUUGGUGUGGGGUCCGUGAUGGUCAUAAUGACACUCGUUUCUAUACCACUCAUGGACCGGUCAGGAAGACGAACUCUACAUUUAUAUGGACUAGGUGGCAUGUUCAUCUUCAGUAUCUUCAUCACCAUUUCCUUACUUGUAAAGUUUUUAUACCACUGGGUGACGUAUCUCAGCGUUGUCAGUACACUUGGUUAUGUUGUCUUCUUUGCAAUUGGUCCAGGGUCCAUACCAUGGAUGAUCACAGCGGAGCUGUUUUCCCAGGGUCCGAGGCCAGCAUCAAUGAGUUUAACUGUUUUAGUUAACUGGCUUGCCAACUUUGUAGUUGGAUUGAUAUUUCCUAUGAUGCAGGCAUGUCUCAACGACUACACUUUCCUUCCAUUUACCGCUCUUCUUGCCAUUUUCUGGACCUUCACAUACAAGAAAGUUCCUGAAACAAAAAAUAAGACCUUUGAGGAGAUCUCGGCCCUAUUUAGGCGAGACGAGAUCAUCAGUGCUAAUGGCAUGAACAUUCACGUGGCCAGACGAUAUGUACCAACUGGAGGACCUAUUGCAGAUGAGAAAUCUAUUGAGUCAUGUCAGUUACAUCACUUACAUCACUGCUGGGAAAUGGAUAGUAAGAAAAUAAGGGAUCAAACCCCUAAUCAUUUGGAAGAUCGAGCCUAGGAAGUAAGGCAAAUUGUCGCGUCCAGAUCCCUCACGUGCCUUCUGGUUCUACUAACAGGUUGAGCAGCUUUUCAUAACAACAAAGCGAUUUAAUAACCGGAACAGAUUGAAGUAUAACUCUCCAACAGUAUGGAGCUUCAGGUAUUUAGAGGCCUUCAUCAGUACUGAUCUAAUUCAAGGUGACUGCUAGUUAUCGUCUGUGAUGGUCAGAAAACAGAAGAAAGGAUACAGCCUCCGUUUUAAAUGCUUAUAAUGUAAGGUGUAAUAACUAGCGCCAUCUAUUGAAGAUAUCUAACAUUACCAUAUGUAUAAACGCCGUUCACUAUACAGCAAAAGUAUGGUGAUAAUAGCUAAGUGUUCUUUUUUUCAGACGGGAAAGCACACACAAAAAAGACAGAAAAACGGCAAAGACUUAAUUUCAUUAAAAAUGUUUUAAAAUUCGGUGACAUUUUGAAAAAACUAGUAUUUUUCUGAAAAAGUUAUCGUCUGAAGAAGAAGGUGAAAUGAAAUUUCUUUAAUGAGUAAAAUUAAUUCUCUUUUCAAGUUCCUGUGAAAUAAAAAGGUCAAAAGUUAUUUUGAGAUAAUUAGUGUCUUGAACAUCUUUACAAUAAAAAUGUUUCUUUUAAGCCAUUUUUUUCAGUGGUCGACAGCUGGUUCUUAAUAUACAUUUAAUAACAUUUCUAAAAUUAAGUCUUAGAAAAAUAGACGUGGAAUCUAUUUUCAUUGGUUCAUUUCUUAACGUCAAAACGUGUCAAUAGUUCUUUAUUGGUUCACUUCUUAACGUCAAAACGUGUCAAUAGUUCUUUAUUGGUUCACUUCUUAACCUCAAAACGUGUCAAUGGUUCUAUAUUGGUUCGCUUCUUAACGUCAAAACGUGUCAAUAGUUAUAUAUUGGUUCGCUUCUUAACAUCAAAACGUGUCAAUAGUUCUAUGUUGAUUCGCUUCCUAGCGUCAAAACGUGUCAAUAGUUCUAUGUUGGUUCGCUUCCUAGCAUCAAAACGUGUCAAUAGUUCUAUGUUGGUUCGCUUCCUAGCGUCAAAACGUGUCAAUAGUUCUAUGUUGGUUCGCUUCCUAGCGUCAAAACGUGACAAUAGUUCUAUGUUGGUUCGCUUCCUAGCGUCAAAACGUGACAAUAGUUCUAUGUUGGUUCGCUUCCUAGCGUCAAAACGUGUCAAUAGUUUUAUAUUGGUUCACUUCUUAACGUCAAAACGUGUCAGUAGUUCUAUAUUGGUUUACUUCUUAAUGACAAAACGUGUCAAUAGUUAUAUGUUGGUUCGCUUCUUAACGUCAAAACGUGUCAAUAGUUUUAUAUUGGUUCACUUCUUAACGUUAAAACGUGUCAAUAGUUCUAUGUUGGUUCACUUCUUAACGUCAAAACGUGUCAAUAGUUCUAUAUUGGUUCACUUCUUAACGUCAAAACGUGUCAAUAGUUCUAUGUUGGUUCGCUUCUUAACGUCAAAACGUGUCAAUAGUUUUAUAUUGGUUCACUUCUUAACGUCAAAACGUGUCAAUAGUUCUAUAUUGGUUUACUUCUUAAUGACAAAACGUGUGAAUGAUGUUAUCUUUUCAUCGUUGCUUACAUCACUGUAAUUACUUGGAAUUUUGACUUAUAAAAUUUUACAUAAGCUGCAUUAAACCAAAUCAAGUUUUCUUUGAACAACAGGCAGUUUUUUUUUAAAGAAACCUAUGACAUUUUGUGUAGUAUUGUAAUUUUGGGGGCAUAAGAAUAUGCUCAAUUCCUCAGAACGAGAAAACCAGUCUACUUUAAAUAUUAAAGUUAGAUAUAAGCUAUUUCUCAGGCCCUGAAACAAGAAACCUAAGUGAAUUGUAUUUACUUUAGGUAUGCCUUAUUUCUCAGAAUAAGAUACAGAAACCUAAGAGUUUCAUAUCUUGUUUUACGUGUUCCCUUUUUCUCAGAAUAAGAUACAGAAACCUAAGUGCAUUAUAUUUACGUUACGUAAGCCCUAAUUCACAGAAAAAGAAACGGAAACCAAAGUACAUCAAAUUAAAGUGUUUUGAGUGUAUAGACCAUAAUAAUCAAAAUGGCAACGACAUAACUAUUCUGGAAAAAGAGAGAGAAAUAUUUGAGGUGUGGGUUUACGCCUUUGUCAGUGAUAUGUCUUAAAUCUUUUUAUAUUAUGCUCUAAUGAUUUAAAAAAAAACACACAAGUGUAAUUCAUAUUUCACGUCAAAAGAUUUUCUCAUAACCAACAGGUUUUGUCACAUUCUUAAUUUAUGUUGCACUUAAGAUAUACUGUCUUCGUGUGCUCAUUCAGUGUUCUAUUGGACAAAAGAUCAUAUGACCUCCUAAAUUGGAAUAUCUUUGUGUAUAUUUGAAUAUAUGCUUCCAACCAAUAUGAAUAAGUGCCUUACUGUAGCUGUUGUCAUUAUAUUCUGAUGA